CCACGGCAGACUCUCUGCUCACUGAGCCACAGCCGCAGCUCCGUGAUUUACCUGUAGAUGGAGACAAGGCAGGUGUUUUAACAGCAGGGGGCGCUAACAGCACAGUCAGUGCUGACCCUGUGUGAACAGAAGGGGGCGUGUCAUUUACAGGAAGCUGCAGCUUCAACACUGAAAAUGAAAGCGAAAGUCAGAGCAGCUGUUGGUGUGUCAGGAGCAGAGACGGUUCUCUUAAAAGUCGUUUCUCCUUCGUUUCUCCUUCGUUUCUCCUCCUGCUGGUGUCCGGUCAGAGCCAUGCCCAGCCUGGCCCUGUGUCUGGAGGCUCUGUCGGCUCUGUCUGGGUGUCAGGUGGAAGCCGCCUCUGAGCCCUCGCCCCACACUCCACAGGACUUUGUCAACAUCGUGGCCCUGAGGGAGUUCUUCAAACAGGAGGGGCUGAAGCAGCUGGAGUACCCCAGCCUGGGAACCCUGACCCUGCAGGACCCUGGCCCAAUGCUGUGUCAGGGCCCGGGGCCCCAGGAGGGUCAGAGGAUCGUCGUGAAGAUCAACCCCGAGAAAUUCUUUCAUCCUGCCUUCAACUACGACUUCACCAACGUCCAGGAUAGAAACAGGACAUUUCUGCGGGGCAACGAGCGCUACGUCCGCCCCUGUGGUUGGAACCGCGUCGCUCUGUGGGUCACUAACGUGUACGAGGACGGCGAUGCCUGGCUCGGGACGGACGCGCAGGCGUGGCCGGUGUCUUAUCACGGACACAAAAUGGACGGAUCCCUCGGAAUCAUCCUGGCGCACAAAGGAGAACCAGGCCAGGAACCGGUCUGGUUCCUGGAAGCCGCGGCGGCGGCGGCUGCGGCUGCUGGCAACACCAAGGGCCGCGGCGUCUACUCCACCCCCGACAUCCGACUGGCUGAGACGUACUGCCAGACCUUCACGUCUAAAGAGGACGGCAAGACCUACAAGGUGGUCCUUCAGAACCGGAUCAACCCCAGGAAGAGGGUGCAGUGUCAGCGUGAGGGCGUGUGGUUGGUCUACGUCCCUGAAGACUCCACCCACCUCCAGACCAUCAACAUCGUCCAGAAUGCACUGCGGCCCUACGGCCUCCUGCUCAAACAGGUGUAGCUGCAGCCUAUAAUCCAGGAGUGACCACUGGUGUUUACCAAUAAGUAAUCGAGUAAACAAGUAAUCUGUUAACGAUUCAUGACUGGCCAGAAAAUAAGAAACUGCAGAUGACGAGUUAGUGGUUAACGACUAAUGAUGAGCAACUAGUUCCUGGAUCAGUUUGAUGGUCCAGGGUGCUCUGCCUCUAUCUUGGUCCUGAUUGGUCUGUUAUAACGAGAUUAAACUGUUAAUGAAUCCACUUCCUGUUUCUUCGUUUCUUCUUCUGUGGUUGUUUUCCUGCUUCAUGGUCUUUAACUGAUUAAACCAGCUUCAAACAACAAA